AUGGCAUCCACCGAGCCGUCCGAGGACGACGUCAGGCGAGUGCUCGAAUUUGCGAGUCUUGACCAUGAUAACGGGGGAAACAUCGAGUCCGUCGUCUCGCAGUUUUUCGACAAUGCUGACAACUUUCGACAAAAAUAUUCGCAAUUGUGGAACGAGGACAUGUUCUCGGCAGACAGAGACGGUACCGAUAACCACACCGGCAUAUGUGAGUGCUUCCCAAACGGCGUCCGCAGUCCGCGAGCUGACCUAGCAGCGUUUCACAUCGAGUCCCUCGGCCAGAGUGAUGUCAUUGAAGGCAUGAAUUCGACCCACGAAAGCUACGGACCUGGCGCUCCUUCCCGUCCGCCGUCGAGAUCGAACAAUCGAUCGCCGUCGGGAAAGGUGGUGGAUUGGAAUGUGGGAGAAGACGGUCCAGCCAGGUCAAACUCUCGUUCUCGAGAAGACGAGGACAUGCAGCGCGCCCUGCGAGAAUCCGCGCAGGAGGCUGGCAUCGCACUGCCCGACCAGGAACCCGACAUGCUCCGGACCAUGAACCCGAUUUCGUCUUUCGGACCCGCAACCCGACACGAGUAUGAUCAGGACGUCUGGGCCAUGGUCCCUACCGAAACCGAUGCCUCCAAGGCUCCGGCGCCGGAAGACAGAAAGCGGCCGUCGGGCACACCCGCCUUCCUGGUCCAAGGGCACUGCUCUUCCGGAGAGCAUCGCCUCGGAGGCCUCCUCACCAUUCUGCACUGGAUCCCUCUAUCUCGGAACAUCCUGCUGCAGACCGGCACGCCGGCGGCGUCGUACGGCUUCAACACCGAGUGGUGGAAAGGCCAGGAGAUACUCCCCCCCCAAGUUCUCGCCCAGCUGCAAACUGGCGAGUUGAACUGGGCCGAGCGGCACGGCUCCGCCCCGAGCUGCGAAGAGGAAAUCCACAGGCUCAUGGCCUUUCUAGACUCGACCGAGCGCAGCUACGGUACCGUCAGCGUGCUCGCAGACUUGAUUCCAUCGUCGGACUUGGGUCCCGAAAGACAGUUUUAUGAGCAUAUCAUAGAGGCGGGUGGUGACCUGAUGAAGCCCCUCACCCACGUCGUCACCCAAGCCCGCCUCUCCAGCCAACCAGACGAUGAGGAUGAGGACAUGGAUGCCACCUUUGGCUUGCUCGAGAUUAAGGACAUGGAAACGGGCGAAGAUGACUCCGCCAGGACGUUGUACGAGACGCUGGAUCGCAUCAUGUGGAGUGACGCUUUUGCUGUCGAUGAGGAUCAAGACCCGAAGAUGGCCAUGUUCAAGGAGAUGGGUGAAGUUCUCCCUCUCAAGAUCGGCGCCGACGCCGUCGGGCCGUCCCUCGAAAUCCCGCUGGAAUUUUAUCCGGAAAGGUAUCUGGAGAGUCGAAUGUCGGAAGCCAGACGUAUCCAGCAAGGUUUGCGGGACGCCAUCAUCGAGGUGGAUGCCAUCGCAAAAGCCAAGCGGAGGGUCACUGCCUGGAGGGAGGAGGAUUGGGACCACCCAUUCCGCAACGAUGCCCUCGACAUGAUUACUACCCUAUCUCUUCGCUGGACUCUCUACCAAGAGUACCUCGAGGGCCGUGGUCGAUUUCGCGCCAUGGAGGCGGCCGGCUUCAACAACGACAGAUUUCCCGACUAUCUAUCGGCGCCUUCCGAACUGAACGAGGAGGAGCGUCGUGUUUCCGGCAACGUGCAGGAGGUGCUCCGGAUGACUGCCCGGGAGUCCGAAAAGCUCGAGGCAAAAUUGAAGGGACUGACCGAGCGCUUGGAGCGAGUCAAGAGGAAGAAGCGCUUUCUCGGCAGCCUUCUCACCGAGCCCGACAAGCCAGGUCGUCCCGAGCCCAUGAGAUGCAAGAAGUACCUCCUCUGCGGCAUCGCGACUCCGACGGACGUCAUCUAUCUUCGCCAGCGUUGCGUUUCAGACCUGAUGGAGUGGGAGGAAGUGUCAGAACCCUCGGACCAGUGGUGGAGAUUGGCAUACGUGCCCAGGGAUGAGCCCUCGGUGAAAACAGAGAAAAUGGACGCAGACGCGAUGCUGCAAGAGGUCUGGCAGGUGACCAAGACCCCCUUGCUCGUCUACGCCACGGAGAAGGCGCUCGAGGCUCCCAGGCUCCCCCUGACCGCGUCCUUGGAGCGCUUCGCUCGUGCGGAGAAUAAGACGUUCCAGAAUGAGCUGAACCGGGAAAAGGCGGAAGAAGCAGGUGACGUGCCAAGAAGCAGGCAGCCCGGCCCCAUCUCUCCGUCGAAGCGCAAGCACCGAGCGGACAGCGUGGAUUCGAUGGAUAGCAACAGAGCAUCCAUCGGGAGCGACGACCUGGUCGGCCAUCCGCUGGACGAGGAGCACGGAAUUUCGGCCUUGGAGAUGGCGGACAUGUCUGAGCCCUUGCUGGGCGACAAGGCCGAGGUCGACUUUGACGCCACCGACGAGCGGACGGCUACGUUACGAGCUACGUUCACGGAGAGCACGUCGGCCACGCUGACCCCGAGCACGCUGCCGGCCGAGGACGCGGACGGUCCUGUCGGCCAAGAGCUGGAACGGGAGUCAGAAAUGCAAGAGCGAUCUCGACCUCCCGUGAUCGUGACGGCGCGGCCGCCGGGACGUGCUGUCCGAGGCGGGGACAAGGACGAGAUGGACAUGGACUUGCCCAGCCAUUAA